CUGAUACUCUGAUUAUACUUUUAGAAAGUAUUAUAAGUGUUCGCAUUUCUUUCACCCCUUCACUAAAUCCCCUAGCCUAAUUUUGUCAGUGUAUGUGCACAUAAAUAUGUAUUUACUCACACAUUUUUCUACUAAUUUGUAUGUGGUGCAAAUUUUGUUUGUUUUGUUGUGGUGCAUUCAGAGUUUAGACUAUGCAAAUGCAGCAAUUCCAACAGUGAAAGUUGGGAAUAUAUCAAAAGUGGGAGAUUCUGCAUAUUUUAGGAUAUACUAUGGACAAACCUUCAAAGUUAUUAAGAACACCCUUGAUGGAAAGAGUUAUCUUCUUAUCCAGAACAACACAAGAAUGGCCAGUAGAACAAAAUAUUGCACCUCAAGAAUAAAGUCUUUUGUUAUCCCACUAGCAAACUACUCGAUCGAGACUGACUACUUUUUUCCAGUUUCCUUUUUCGAGCUUCUAGGCCUAUUGGGAAACUUGAAAGGCAUAACAUCAACAUACGUGGCCUCCCAAUGUGUACUGAAACUAUACCAGGACGGACAAGUGGAGAGCAUUAACAAGACUGACCAUCAACAACUUGCACAAUAUGCAGCUCACUUCAUCGCCAACACGGAUGAAGCUCAACCCUGCAACUUUGCUACAUUUGUCCCUAUAGGUGAAGAUGCACCUCUCCAGCGUGCAGAGUGGAUAAAGUACUUGGGAGUUUUUGCGAAUAUGGAAAACAGGGCAAACCAAGUUUACGAUGCAAUUAAGGAGAACUAUUUGUGCUUGAGCAAAGCUGCAACUGGUAGGAGUUCAUUAAAACCAACUGUCUCUUGGAUGGAGUAUAAAGAUGGAGUGUGGUCAUUUACAAGAGAUCCAUACAAAUUAAAGUUUGUAGAGGAUGCUGGUGGAGUCAAUGUUGAUGAUUCCAUCAACAAAGUCACAUACAAUAUGUCUAACCCUGAUGAUUUGGAAGAGAUUCAUGCCAUUUUGUGUACUGUGGAUGUAGUGAUUGAUGAAACAUAUACCUCAGAUCCAGCGGCUUAUAAUGGCUCCACAUUUCUCGGAAACAUCAAUUUGGAAGAUCAAACUUGCUUUGCUUUUCUCACAAAUCAAAGCAUAUGGAGAUAUGAUAAAAGAGUGCAAAAUUCUGUAGUCCUCGACUGGUACGAUGGAGCUGUCUCUCAACCCCAACUGGUCCUAGCAGAUAUUGUCGAAGCUUUAUAUCCUACCGGAAAUUAUAACACUACAUAUUUCAGAAAUAUCGCCAAGGGAGAAGGGAUCAUAAGCAUUGUUCCUGAAAUGUGUGAAAGAGAUAGCUCCAUCCCAAUGGAACCUACAGUUGUAGCUUGCCAGUAACUAGCAAUUCUUUCUCAUGAUUUUUCGCUUCUCUUUUUUAGUCGCAUUUUGGCCUGUUAUUGAUCUGCUAUGUAGUUAUAAGAUUAGAUUCGAACGGAACCAAUUUAUAUAUCAGUAAAGUCGAAGUCAAUGGGGUACUACGUACUCUGAAGAGUCUUGCAUAGUCACAAGCAAAUUUUCUGCAGAAUUUAAGUUAAA